UAUCACACAGUCCUGGUGCUAAUUUCAUCCAUCUGUGACUCUCCCCACAGGUACAAACCAAACCAUGAGGACAGACCCUCCUACAAUGGGACUGUGCCAAGACUUAGCAGCAGUAUUGAUUUGAAGCUUCGUUUUUUGAAUCCAGAUGAUCUUGAUGAGGUGAAGAUCCUAUGCCAAGACUGGUUUCCAGUAGAAUACCCAGAGUCAUGGUACAGAGAUAUCACAUCCAAUCCUCGUUUUUACUCUCUGGCUGCAGUCUUGGAGCAUCGAAUUAUUGGCUUGGUUGUGGCUGAAAUUAAAGAUCAGACUUAUCUUAAUAAGGAGGAUCGAGAUAUAUUGGCCAUCAGUCAGCAACGAGGAUGUAAGAUUGCCUACAUCUUGAGUCUGGGAGUCUCAAGACAACACCGACGCAAUGGAGUGGCAUCCCUUUUAUUGGAUAACCUAUUGAUGCACUUGACCACAGAAGAGAAUAAGUGUGUCAAAGCAGUUCUCCUUCAUGUUCUCACUUCAAAUGCUUCUGCCAUUCGAUUCUAUGAGAACCGAUGCAUUCCUUUCUUCCCUACUACUACUCAAUUGAAGGAGCCUUUCGAGAUGGAUUCUCUUAUGUGCUGUACAUCAAUGGAGGCCAUCCACCAUGGGGAUUAUUAUAUCCUUUGCUAUACUUACUUACUUACUUACUUGCUCUACUUGUUUGCACAAUGUGCUUUUAAUGCCUCAAGCUCUACUCAGAUGCUCAAUUGA